UCGGAUAGACGAUUACAACCUCAUCUCUCCGGGAUAUUGCCGCUCAAUGAUUUAGGGUUCCGAAGGAGUCGCGUUCCACAAAUGAUAGGGGAUCUUACAUUGCUUCUGUGACUCACACACUGCGUACUCCGUUGCUUCUCUUACAACUCAUUCUGCAUAUUCGUCAUUGAUCACUUCAGCACUCCAACACUCUUGUUCACCAUGGACACAAAGGUAGACCUGAUGCGGCAGCUAGACGCCGAUCGAGACAUCCAUCUCGCCUUUCUCCAGGACUUGAUUAGGACACCCUCGCCAAACCCGCCCGGAGACACGCGACAAGCAAUCGAGGUUGUGCGGAAAUUCCUGACACAACAUGGCAUCGACACGCGCACCUUCGCGCCCAAAAGUGAGGCCCCGAAUCUAGUGAGCGUUCUGACGCCCACUCACGAGCCCCUUGAUUUGGUUCGUAGUCUUGUGCUUAACGGCCACAUUGACCAUUUCCCGGUCACAGAUGGAGAUCAAUGGCAGCGACACCCGUACUCCGGGGACAUAGUUGACGGCUAUGUUCAUGGCCGAGGCGUUGUCGAUAUGAAAGCCGGAACGGCCGCGUCUAUCCUUGCCUUUACUUACAUGCACAGGUUUCGCUCUGCCCUUAGAGGUCGAUGCGUCCUCGAAGUGGUCUCUGACGAGGAGACAGGUGGUAAGUAUGGGACGAAAUUCUUACUUCAACAGGAUCCACAGUGGCAAGGAACUUGCGUGCUGAAUGCCGAGCCGUGCGGUCUGGACAGCAUUCGAUUUGGCGAGAAAGGUACCUUGCGCAUGACCUUCUACAUAAGAACACGAGGCGGACAUGGUGCCUAUACGCAUCGUGGUGAGGGCGCUAUUGAGAUUGCUGCUCGUGUUAUCCACCGUCUCAAAGCGUUGGAAAGCCUUCGCGGCCUGGGCAUGGACGAAGAGAUCAUGUCAUACCUCGAACGUGAUGACGUCCGCAGUGUCGCGGACAAGAUUAUGGGUGAAGGAGCUGCGGACAGCAUGCUGAAGCCGACCGUGAACAUAGGCACUAUCCACGGAGGCGCGAAGGUGAAUAUGAUACCCUCUGAAUGCACGUUCGAGGCGGACAUCCGUCUGCCCAUCGCUAUGGCGGCGGACGUCGUGCUCAGCAAGGUUGACGAACUAGUGUGUGACGUACCUGGAGUGACUUACAGUAUUCAAGAAGCAGCCUCGAACCCAGCUGCUGCCAGCCACAUCCAUCAUGAACUGGUCGAAUACAUUCGGCAGAAUGUGAAGACAGUUCGAGGAAGCCAGCCGCUGCCCAUCUCAUCACUGGGAGCGACUGACUGCAAGCAUUUCCGCUACCGUGGUGUGCCGGCGUACACUUAUGGUGUAAGCCCGGCGACCAUGGCGGAAAAGGACGAGAAAGUCUUGGUCGAAGAGUUCCUUCAGACAGUGAAGGUCCAUACACUGACUGCGUGGGAAUAUCUGACCCGUGCCGUACAGACCUCAGCCUAUGACACACGGAGUGUCUAGCUUGAGUGCUUGGCAACAACUUACUAUUGAUAGAAAAUGCAAGUUACUUAAGCCAGGUACUACGCUUCCCAGUCUGGUUUCAAGGGCAAUUAUGGACCCUGCAGGCCGUGAUAUCCAUGCCUUCCGCCGUACGGAUCGCCCAGCCAACGAUCGAAACGACCCGCGACACGACGUUGGCGACGGCCGUUGUCAACUUCCGGGCAAAUUAUCGCAGACUGUGGAGCGGGCCCCCAGCAUGGGUGAUCUCCCGUGCUAAGCUGCUGGGGCGUAUGCGUGUGCCUCCACUCCACAUCAGCCCGCUUCGACUGUGCCAUGAGAGUUUCCAGCUCUGCCUUGAUCGCC